GACUUAGCAAUGAAAAUAAAUAUUAUAUAUAUUCUUAUUUCAUAAAUAAUGUUUAGGAACAGUGAUAAUUCUAUACAGGAAAUCAAUGUAAUUAAUUACUGAUUAUAUCGUAUUUCACGAACAUUUCACCAUAACACAUCUCGUGUGUAAACGUGAAUCCUCGACACUUUGAAAUUAGGUCAACUUCGAAAUUUGUAUAUUCAAACCAAUUGACAACACAGUCAAUAGAUUUGAAAGAAAAUACCUCAAAUAGUAUAAGCAAUGUCAUCAUUUUCCAAUGUUGAAAAUCUCUCUCCACAAAUCAUUCGUCAAGUGUCCAAAGAAAUAGCCGAUCUUUGUAAUGAUCCUCCAGAAGGCAUCAAGAUAUUUCCAAAUGAAGAAGAUAUAACCGAUAUACAAGCACAAAUUGAAGGACCUUCUGGGACUCCAUAUGCAGGUGGAUUAUUUCGGAUGAAACUUGUGCUAGGGAAGAAUUUUCCAUCUGAACCUCCAAAAGGAUUCUUUAUAACAAAAAUAUUUCACCCUAAUGUUGCCAGUAAUGGUGAAAUUUGUGUGAACACAUUAAAAAAAGACUGGAAAGCAGAACUAGGGAUUAAACAUAUUUUAUUGACAAUAAAGUGCUUAUUAAUUGUACCCAAUCCUGAGUCUGCAUUAAAUGAAGAAGCAGGAAAACUUUUGCUGGAACAAUAUGAAGACUACUCCAUGAGAGCAAAAUUAUACACCGAAAUACAUGCAAAACCUCCAAAAACUUCAAAAGACACAGCAGGUAUAUUGGAGGAGUCCAGCAGAAACGGACAGGAAGGACCAAUGGCGAAGAAACACGCUGGUGACAAAAAUGUGUUGGACAAGAAAAAAAAAGAAAAGAAAAAGGUCCUAAAGCGGUUAUGACAGAUAGUAUUAGGGAGUGUCAACAUCUCAGAGACUUAAUUAUCACAUCCAUCUCCAUUACAGACUCAUUGCAAGGUUGUUUGAAACAGCAAGCUUCAUUUUCAUAUCGCACUUGUCAUGGUUCAUAAAAAUUGCACACUGGGGGUAGUUUCAUACCGGUGAAUAUAAAUUUAGUUGUAUUGUACAUAUAUUUAUGAUAUUUAAGGUAUAGUUAAACUAUCCCCAGUUACAUGUUGAAAGUGAACCUGUUACCAUAUACAUGUAUGUAGAAUGGUGGUUUUCAAUUUUUGUCAUGAGAGUGUUGUCGGCUUCUGUUUCUUGUGUAUUUGACAUAUUUUAGAAAAGUUGCAUCUUUAAGUUUGUUCCGUAUCAUACAAAUGCCAGAAAAAUGGAUAUAAUAGCAAAAUUCUUUUUACCAAAAUUGAUAUUUUGUAUAUGCCAUUUUGUAUCCCUUUUUACAAUGAAUUGCCCCUGUUUUACAAAGACAUCAUUGCCUAGAUUCUAUGGAAAGGUAGAGUGAAAGUUUAUUUGAAGUGGGUCAUGUCUUUGUAAUGGUGCUCAAAGUACCACUGAGUAUUGAUUUAAUUUUAGAACUUAAUGCCAUUAGUCUGUAUACUACAUUCUGACACUGUAGAAACAACAGUUCUAUUUCUAAAUGUGUACGAUAGAUUAUUUAUUUUAUAAAUGUUAUUUACUUUUAUGUUUUAUCUUUAUUUUACUCUUGCAUGUGCUUUGUGAACAUUUUGUGAUAUUCUCUGUCCCAGAAUUGUGUAAUAUAUAUGAAUAAUAUAUGUCAAAUAAAUGUCAGGAAACAGUCA